AGUUUCCCCCUUCUCCUCUCCUCUUCUCUCCUUUCCCACCUAACUUUUUAUACGUAAAAUAUCCGCCUCUUAUGUUUGUCUCCUAGUCCACUUCCACUUUCUCUAACGUCUUUCUUUCCUCUCUUGUAUAUAUACAUACAAACCCAUUUCAUUUCACAUCUUCAUCUCUCUCUUUUGUGAUUUGGCUUUAACUUUUUUGACUUGGGAUUUCUUUCUUGUUCAACAAUGGAGGCAAAGCUGUUGACUUUUUCCACUCAAACUAAUUUUGCAACUCACCCAGCAAAAUUACAGGCACCCAUUAAUCUUUUACCCCGCCAAAUUUGGAAAAAUUGCAGUUUCAAGUUAUGCAGAACAAGUUCAUCAAUGAAGGGUCUUCAAUCCCUUAAAGUUUCAGCAAAUAUUUCUGGUGUGCAAUCUAAGACAAGAGUUGAUGAGAGUGAAAGCUUGACUCUAGAUGGUAUUCGGAUGUCCUUGAUUCGGCAAGAAGACAGUAUAAUAUUCAGUCUUCUGGAGAGAUCACAAUUUUGUUACAAUGCAGACACAUAUAACCCUGACGCGUUCCCUUUGGAUGGCUUUCAUGGGUCUUUGAUCGAAUUCAUGCUCAAGGAAACUGAAAAGCUUCAUGCUCAGGUGGGAAGAUACAAGAGCCCAGAUGAGCAUCCUUUUUUCCCAGAGGAGUUACCCGAACCACUAUUGCCACCUCUAGAGUACCCUCAGGUUCUCCAUCCUAUUGCUGAUUCAAUUAAUAUAAACAAAAUUAUAUGGGAUAUGUAUUUUAAAGACCUUCUACCAAGACUUGUCAAGGAUGGAGAUGAUGGAAACUGUGGGUCUUCCGCUGCUUGCGACACAAUAUGCUUACAGGCACUUUCUAAAAGAAUACAUUAUGGCAAGUAUGUGGCAGAGGCAAAGUUUCGAGCUUCACCUGAUAUCUAUACACCUGCCAUUGAAGCACAAGACAAGGAACAAUUGAUGAAUUUGCUGACAUAUGAGGCAGUGGAACUCGUCGUACAGAGAAGAGUUGAAAUGAAAGCCAAGAUAUUUGGACUUGAGGUGCCUGUCAACCCAGAUGUCGCGGAUGACGAGUCCAGCCCAGCUUAUAAAAUCAAACCUAGCUUGGUUGCCAAUCUAUAUGGAGACUGGAUUAUGCCUUUAACAAAGGAGGUUCAAGUUGAGUACUUAUUACGAAGGUUGGAUUGAACUUAGCAUUAAUUUCUUCAAGAUCAUAACUUGGAAUUGAGCUUUGAGCGUGUUUUGGCAUUGAAUGUGGACAGUAUCUGAUGGCAUGAUGAUGUAAUAUCAUGUUCAUUAUGUAUAUAUAGCCUUGAGAGAAGGGAGUUCUAAUUAUGUUGUAUGUUAACCUUUACUUAUAUAUAUAAAAAGGAAGAAAAAAAACCUUAUCAGUUUGGUGAUGGGUUGGUUCUUUUCCAA